AUGGAAGAACGUCAAUUUUUUUUGUCUAUUAAGAUUAUAACUCCAGAUGUCUUUGAACGUCAUCAAGGGUUUGAUCUCGCAAAUUUUGACAAUCCAAAAUAUCCACUAUCUGAAAUUCCACAUUUUAAGGUCUUGAAAAACGAAACAUAUGGGGCUUUCAAGUCUAUGGUCGCUCAAAAAUUUGGGAUUCUAGCUGAGCAAAUAAGAUUCUGGGUUUUUAUAAUUCGUGAAAAUUAUACUGUUAGACUAGAUACCCCAUUAACAGCCAAUUUUCUUCCAAUGACAAUGGAAAAAGUUCACAAGAAGAUUUCUGUAAAACAAAAUAAUUUGAGAUUGAAUAUGGAAGUGACAGAUAGUCCCAUUGACGGCAAAGUAGUACUUAGUAUUUAA